AUGUCGCGAAAAGCGCCGCCGGGCAGCAGUGCUAUGCUGUCAACGGACCCACCCACGAGUGGAUGGAUUGGCUGUGGACGCAAGCAGGGCCGCCCCUCAAGCCGCUACGCCGCUGGCGCGGGAGGGCCGCGCGCCUUUCUGGCCCACGCUCGGACGGACGUGAGGCCCGGCGGCCCACCCGCGGGCCCGCUUUCUAACUGUGGGCGCCCGGCCGGGCGCGCCCAGGGGUGUUCCCGUGUCUUGUGGGGGGCGGCCGGCCGGGCCUUAGCAGCGAGCCAGGCAACCCGGCCGGGGCCCCUUCUGUUUGCUGGGCCGCCGGGCCCGUGCUUCCUUCCUUCGUUCUUCGUUUUGGGGGCGGGCAUGGAUGCCGCGCUUCGCGCCCGCUCGCCCCCGCAGCUUUGUGGGGCACGGGAACCGCCCUGCCGGCAUCGCUUUGUUUUGCAAGCAGCCUCUGCUCCUUGCGCUAGCCCCGUAGGUACGUUCGGGCGCCGCCGCGCAUUCGAAGGGCCCCCGGCCGUUGUACCUGCUCGCCAGCCUACGAGGCCUCGUGCCGCGCGCGAAGGCGCCGUCCGUCCGAUCGAUGUGAGAUUGAAAGAUCCC